UCCCGCGAGCCAUGUACGGCGACGUGUUCAACGCCACUGGUGGCCCCGAGGCGGCAGUAGGCGGCACGCUGGCCUUGGCAGCCACGGUCAAGGCGGAGGGCGCUCUGCCGCUGGAGCUGGCCACCGCGCACGGUGUGCGGGACGGAGCGGCCGCGAAGCCGGACCUGCCCACCUACCUGCUGCUCUUCUUCCUGCUGCUGCUCUCCGUGGCGCUCGUCGUCCUCUUCAUCGGCUGCCAGCUGCGCCACUCGGCCUUCGCCGCGCCGCCCCACGACCGCUCGCUGCGCGACACCCGAGCGCCCUGGAAGACUCGGCCGGUGUAACCGCCCAGAGAGCCAGGGCGGGCAGGCGCCGGGUCUGGGUUUCGCCAUGAGCAGUAGGUGUGAGCGGACAGGGAGGGCCUGACCUCAGAGGGUCGCCAGCCCUUGGGCGCCCUGCGCCCUGACCCAGAGACCCUCCCGGACUGCGAGUGGCACCUGGGCGCAAAGGGAGUCGGAAGCGUCAGGGCUGCCCAGGGCCCCACUCCUAGUAGCCUCGGGUACCAAGGUCCUGAUCCCUCCUCCCGCCCUGCCAGAAUCUUUCUUCCCCGGUGCAGCGGGUCCAGCUGGACCUUCCGAAAACCGAGCGCUGUGGGGACAUAGGAGCCUUCCUCGCUGCCUGCUGAUUUCCUCACUUUGCACACCGAGCCGGCCAGCACGGCGAGCACACAGCUAGCCGGGACCUGCCUGUCCUACGCGCUGGCCCUGUGGCUGUAUUCCUGAAGCUACCCCACCUCCCCCACUCUUUGGCACCGAGAACCCCCUAGGACCCGAGCCUGAACUUAGCCACUCUUUGUUGAAUGAUAGUGAUGGUGCUCCAGGACCGCAUGCCCCAAGGGAAGUGAGGGGCUGUGGAGUUUCACUGGGCCUCCCUGGUCCCCCGCUUUCUCUGCAGACACAGGCAGAGGGGAAGCCGGUGUAGAGGCACAGGGGCCCACCAGCAGCACCCUGGGGUGGGGGUCCAUGUCCCACAUCUCCAGGGGAUGCAUUUCAGCAAUAAAACCUCACCGAAUUAGACCCAGUGCUGAG